AUGCUGCUUGUGUUUUCACUCCACCUCCAAAGCAUUUUGCCACUUCUCGCCUUGCUCUUUCGAAUUUGGUUCCAACUCGAGCAUCCUUUGUUGCUGGUUCCCCACUCUCAGUGAUUCAAACAAGUUAUGAAAGGAAAACCAUAUGCAAGGCAAUGCCAGUUUCAAUAAAGUGCGAGCAAAGUUCGCAGGGAGGGAACAGUGUGGAUGUAUGGCUAGGCCGGCUAGCCAUGGUUGGCUUUGCGUCGGCCAUCACUGUUGAAAUUGCUACUGGCAAGGGUCUCCUUGAGAAUUUUGGAGUUACAGCUCCACUGCCUACAGUUGCCUUGGCAGUAACAGGACUGGUGGGUGUUUUGACUGCAGUUUUCAUCUUCCAGUCAGCCUCAAAGAACUGAUAAUGUAUUUAUGCUGUUGAUGGUGUUUUACUGUAAAUUCUGUUGUUACAGUGUUUAUUUUUUUCAACAUAAAAAUUCCAUUAUUUUUUGUUGUAAUUUCUUUUUUUUUUAGCAUCAACGCCUCAGAAUGUUGUAGUAAUGGAAGCGAUAUUGAAGGCCUCAAAACUUUGCCUGUUGUGCAAGCCAAUUUUGAUUCCUUCGAAAUAUUGUCCCCAUUCCAAACAAGUAUCAUUGUGAAUUGAGGAAGAAUUUUGCACAGCA